GGCUGCGCUAAGGAUCCAGAUCGGAGCACGGGCCACACAUUGUGUCUUUAGUCGCCGACACGGAGGGUUUUGGUGUCUUCAUCCGGAACUGCCAGGGUUAGCAAGGGUUGGGUAAGGCGAAAGCUGAUAAAGCUGAAGCUAGAGGUCUACAGGGGACGUCAACGCCGUUUGACAUGUACCUACAGUGGAUCAGAAGUCAUCCGGGGAUGCCUUGAUCACUUCCUAAUCAGAAUUAUCCAGUCCUCUCAUCGUCGUCUUACAUCAAGACAACUCCAAGAUGGCCGCCUUGCUCUUGCGCAGCGCAAACGGAGGCAUUCGUUGCUUGACAAAGGGUCCGGCCUUCAUCACCACUACCACAACUGCUACCUCGUCCAGUUUUGGGUUCGGCCUUCUCACCAAACUCCGCCGUUCUUACAGCACAACCAUCAGUCAGGAUCUCUUGAACAAGAAGGUCCAGGUCUAUCAAUCCACCUCCAAGGACCCAUACCUGAACCUCUCUAUCGAACAUCACCUUCUCCAACAUUCACACCCAGACUCCUACGUCCUCUUUCUCUACAUCAAUGACCCUUGCGUCGUCAUCGGUCGUAACCAAAACCCAUGGCUUGAAGUCAACUUGCCCGCCUUGCAAGAAGCAGAGGACAUCAAACUGGUCCGUCGCCGUUCCGGUGGUGGCACCGUCUUUCAUGACCAUGGGAAUGUGAACUGGAGCGUCAUCUGCCCACCUGCUGUCUUCGACCGAGACAGGCAUGCCGAGAUGGUUGUCCGCGCGCUCAAGGAUCUGGGAGUCACCACCGCCAAGGUCAACGAGCGUCACGACAUCGUUAUUGCCGGUGACGGAAGGGGCAACGGAAAGGAUCUCUUCAAGGUCUCUGGGUCUGCCUACAAGCUUACCAGGUUGAGGUCACUUCACCAUGGGACAUGUUUGCUCAACUCCCCACGGUUGAAGAACAUUGGCAAGUUCCUGAGAAGUCCCGGUGAGCCGUACAUCAAGGCCAGGGGUGUGGAGAGCGUGAGAUCGCCAAUUCGGAAUGUUGAUAUCAACACGGACGAGUUUACCAAGGGCGUUGUGGACGAGUUCCUCGCCAUGUACCAAGAACAGUUUGGUGAAGACGUAAAAGUAGAACGUGUUGGGGAGGAAGUGAAGGAUAUGGGCAAUAUCCGCAAGGGUAUGGACGAGUUGACGUCUAUUCCCUGGAUAUACGGCCAAACACCCCAGUUCACCUUUUCUUCACGCCCAACCGAAGAUGAUCCAAGAGAACGUCCAGCUCUUGACCUUGACGUACAGUCAGAUUUCAACAUCGAGUUCACCCUCCGCCAUGGUGAGGUUCAGACCGCCAACGUUUCUGGCCUCAAAUACGAAGGUCCUGCUAUGGACGAGGACCUCUAUGACGGAAUGGCCAGCCAGGCCCUGGCUAAGGGCUCGGAUGACGAAAGUCCACUAAAACUGUACGAGAUCCAGGACUGGGUGACAGUCCUCAAGUCGGCUACCGCCGGGCAGGCAUUCAAGGUGUCUGAUUCCUCGCUAAACAGCAUUUCUGAGUGGCUGAACAAGGUGUUUCCUGGAAAUCACUUCCGAUGACCUUGCAGUCAAAGCAAGGAGAGUAACGGAUAUUGCUGUGUUGGAUAGAAACCCACCGUAUCCAUAGCUGUGCGAUAUGCCGUAGUUGCACCAAGGCGUAUCUAGUCGGCGAUUUGUACAAUAGACAUGCACGUAUUACCAGUGGUCUUGUGGUCUUGUAGUCCCGUGUAGGUAUCGAACAUGACGCUUAAGGGUUAGGGU